UGACCCGGUCGGGCCUGGUGCCUCGGUGCCCGUGAUGACUCGGUGCCCGCUGUCGAGCUUGGUGACUCUGUGUCCGCUGUCGUGCCAGAUGACUCGGUGCCCGCAGUCGUGCCAGAUGACUUGGUGCCUGCUGUUGUGCCAGAUGACUCGGUGCCCGCAGUCGUGCCAGAUGACUCAGUGCCCGCUGUCCUGCCAGAUGACUCGGUGCCCACUGUCGAGCUUGGUGACUCGGUGCCCGCUGUCGAGCUUGGUGACUCGGUGCCCGCUGUCCUGCCAGAUGACUCGGUGCCCACUGUCGAGCUUGGUGACUUGGUGCCCGCUGUAGAGCUUGGUGACUCGGUGCCCGCUGUCGUGCCAGAUGACUCGGUGCCCACUGUCGUGCCAGAUGACUCGGUGCCCGCUGUCGAGCUUGGUGACUCGGUGCCUGCUGUCGAGCUUGGUGACUCGGUGCCCGCUGUCGUGCCAGAUGACUCGGUGCCCGCUGUCGAGCUUGGUGACUCGGUGCCCGCUGUCGAGCUUGGUGACUCGGUGCCCACUGUCGUGCCAGGUGACUCGGUGCCCACUGUCGAGCUUGGUGACUCGGUGCCCGCUGUAGAGCUUGGUGACUCGGUGCCCGCUGUAGAGCUUGGUGACUCGGUGCCCGCUGUCGUGCCAGAUGACUCGGUGCCCACUGUCAUGCCAGAUGACUCGGUGCCCGCUGUAGAGC